GGCGGGGCUUGAGCUGACGCUUUAUAUAUUCAUACCUUUGCUCACCAGAGGCACAUUAUCUUACAAGACUUAUUGAAGAUAACAUUUAGCGAAAGCCAUAUUCAGCAAAGCAUUUAAACAACCAGACAGGUGAUGGAGCUGAUAAUAAGACUGCUGAGUGGAGAUGUGAAGCGUCUGGAAGUGAGCGGUGGAGCCACAGUUGGUGAACUGAAGAAACUCAUCUCUCAGAUCAUCGGAGAACCUUCUUACAAACAGAAGCUGUCUGCCGAUAACGGUUCGCGUAUCAGCCUUGAGGAUGAGUCUCGAACCCUCAGCAGUUACGGUCUGCACUCUGGAUCAGUGGUCAGUCUGCUCAUCACCAACCCCGGACCUUUCCAAGUGUUCGUCAGGAAUGAGAAGGGCCAGACCGGGACGUAUGAAGUGGAUAUCAAUGAGACCGUAGAUCAGCUCCAGGCUAAGAUCUACCGCAAAGAGAGAGUCCCCGUGGACCAGCAGAGACUGAUUUUCAACGGAAGACAGCUGGAGUCCGGCAGAAAGUUGCAGGAAUACGACAUCAGCUCAGGAAGCAGCAUUCACAUGACUCUCCGUCUGCGAGGAGGGUGAUCGGGCGAAUGUGUGCAAAAAGGACCAAAAAGUGUUCUCUUUAGAUUUGUUAAUGAUGUAUACGAAACUCGCUGUUAAAAUUAUUUUUUUUUGCUUCAUAACGUCUUAAGAACUCAUGCAAUUCCAUUGUUGGCUAUUUAUCUGCAGAUGUCUUCA